GCGGAAACGAAAGAUCUCUUAUUUCCAUUGGCUGAAAUUUGCAAACUAUGAUUGUCUAUCAAAACUCUGAACUCACGUUAGCUCCCAGGAAUUUCGGGCCGGAAAGGGUGGGCUUUGUGAAGAUGGCGGCUCCGGAGGUGCUGGAGUCAGACGUGUCAAGUUCGAUAACACUUUUGAAAAACCUCCAGGAGCAGGUGAUGGCUGUCACUGCACAAGUACAAGCACUGACAACAAAAGUCCGAGCUGGAACAUAUUCUACAGAGAAGGGUCUGAGCUUCUUGGAAGUGAAAGACCAGCUGUUGCUCAUGUACCUUAUGGAUCUGAGCCACCUCAUCCUGGACAAAGCCUCUGGAGGAUCUCUGCAAGGACACCCCGCAGUUUUGAGGCUGGUGGAGAUUCGCACGGUUUUAGAAAAACUUCGUCCAUUGGACCAAAAACUCAAGUAUCAAAUUGACAAACUGGUCAAGACUGCAGUGACAGGCAGCCUCAGUGAGAAUGACCCGCUCCGUUUUAAGCCUCAUCCCGGCAAUAUGAUGAGCAAGUUGAACUCUGAGGAUGAGGAGGAAAGUGAAGCAGAGGAGGACCAGUCUGAGGCCUCAGGGAAGAAAUCUGUAAAAGGCAUAUCUAAGAAAUAUGUCCCACCACGCUUGGUUCCAGUACAUUAUGAUGAGACAGAAGCUGAACGGGAACAAAAGCGUCUGGAAAAAGCCAAGAGGCGGGCGCUGAGCAGCUCCGUCAUCCGUGAACUGAAGGAACAGUACUCAGAUGCCCCGGAGGAAAUCCGUGACGCCCGACACCCACAUGUCACUCGUCAGAGUCAGGAGGAUCAGCAUAGGAUCAACUAUGAAGAGAGCAUGAUGGUGCGUUUAAGUGUUAGCAAGCGAGAGAAAGGACUGCGAAGGCGAGCGAGUGCCAUGAGCUCACAGCUUCAUUCUCUCACACACUUCAGUGACAUCAGUGCUCUGACAGGGGGCACUGCUCAUCUCGAUGAGGACCAGAAUCCUAUUAAAAAACGGAAGAAAAUACCCAAGAAAGGUCGGAAGAAGAAAGGUUUUCGGAGGCGCCGGUGACAUGCUUGCGCGCGCACUUUUGGUCAUUCUGGGAUGCUUCUAACUUCACUGUGUGUAGGCAUUUGCCUUGGAAAUGUGGAAAGAGCUUUACUAAAUAAAACUGAUUUUGUUUAUGAACGAGA